AAAGUCGACGCCACCAAAAAUGACGCAAAUGACCGACGCAGACGCCGACCGCCGCCGCGACCCAGAUCCCUACAUGAAAUGAAUGGCCAAGAGCGACGCGAUCUGAUAUCCGGAUAGCAGACCGCGCCACCGCAUGCACCAGACAUUUGGCCAUUUGGAGCAGAUUCCUAAUGCGGUACUUGCUCUACAACUUGAUUCUCGACAAAGCCCGGCGCGACAGAGCCCAUAAAGCACAACUCCGCGCCUCGGAAGCAUGCGAGGCAGCGCUCCGCGACGAGCUGCGCGCCGAGAUCGAGCAGAUUCAGCGCGUGCGCCGCGCGUUCCUGCCGCGCGUCGAGGAGCACCGGCCUUGGUACAAGCUCCACCGUGGACGCAACGCUGCCGCCUUUCUCAGUUUCGUGUCGUUGCCGCCAGAAGCGUUUCGCGAGCUCUUGACGGUGUUUGCGCGGCACUAUGACAUCAAGUCGGGGGCUGGGUUGCCCGGGCGGCCGACCAGCGUGCCCAAGCACGCCGCGCUCGGCCUCGUGCUCGCCAUGUACACGAAUGCGCACAACAUGCCGCGUCUCUGCGAGCUCUUUGGUGUGACCAUGUCGACGCUCAGCCGCAUCUUUCCCAAAGCCGAGGCGGCGCUCGCAUUGGCGCUUGCCGACGUCCCGAACGCGGCCGUGGCGUGGCCGACCCAGGCGACGCUGCAGCGAUUCGCAGCCGCGACGGAGGCACGGUCGCCCGAGGUCUCGGGUGUCGUUGGAUUCGUUGAUGUAUGCACGCUCGCCGUGCAGGCCCCGACGGUCACCGACCGCCGCCGCUUUGAAGACACAGACGAGGCAAAGUGGCUCGACUGUGAUGCAGUCUGGGGCAUGCUGAUCGUCGGCGUCGAUGGGACCCUUUUAUGGUACAAGCACAAUUUGCCCAACUUUAUCGACAUUGCUCUCGACGUCUACGAAGAACUCGAGCACACAGCCGCGGACAAGUUGCGACCCGACCACAUCCUUGUCGCGCCGGCGACGUUUCCAGUGACAAGCGAGAGCGACGGCCGCAUUGAGACGCCGCUUGCUGCUGCCGAUGACGACGACAUUAGUAUAAGCGAAAAGCAAGGUAUCGCGUCGCUGCUCGGCGCCGCCGAGUGGGGCACGGCCCAUAUAAAGCGCGUUUACCGAAAGUUCGGGCACCCGCUGCCAUUUGACCGCGAGCUGCGUCGUCGGCGCAUCAGUAACAUCCUCCGCCUCUACAACUUUCGUCUCCGGAGCAUGGGCACGAGUCCGCUCCAUGCGGCCUUGACCGGAGGCGUCUAAAUUUCGAUACAAUGGCGUGCUGUUGUGCCAUUGUCAGAGCACACGUCCUGACCUCUGCGCCUGAUAAAAACAACAUGCAGUGUGCCUGCAACGUGUA